UCAAACGCUCUGUCUGAGGCUGAAGAGGCUGAGAGAGGCGGGAGCGAGAGUGGCGGCGGCGGCGGCGGCGGUGGUGGUGGCGGCGGCGGCGGCGGCGGCGGCGGCGGCGGCGGUGGCGGCAGCGGCGAUGGGACCCCAGCGAGAGAUUUGCGGCUAGCUUGCUAGCUGCAUUUGCUCUGCGGGUCAGGGGGAUCUGAGGGGACAGAUUUGGAAAGAUGAGCCCUUAGAAAGAGAAAGUCCAAAGGAUAGACACCAGGAAAAGAAGGAGAACAUCAAAGCCAAGAAGAAUGAGUUCUUGUACCAACAUCUGUGGGGCCAAACAAGCACAGCAUACGCCUGAGGGAGGAUAUCAACGCUAUGGAGUCCGAUCCUACUUGCAUCAGUUUUAUGAGGACUGUACAGCUUCCAUUUGGGAGUAUGAGGAUGAUUUUCAGAUCCAGAGAUCACCUAAUAGGUGGAAUUCAGUUCUCUGGAAGGUUGGACUCAUCUCUGGCACAGUCUUCCUGAUCUUAGGAUUGACUGUUCUGGCAGUGGGCUUUCUGGUGCCCACCAAAAUUGAAGCCUUUGGAGAGGGAGAUUUUGUAAUGGUGGAUUCCCAGGCAAUUCAGUUUAAUGGAGCAUUAGACAUCUGUAAACUGUCGGGAGCCAUUUUAUUUUGUAUUGGAGGGAUGUCCAUGGCUGCGUGUCUAUUGAUAUCUGCUUUUGCAAAAAGCUACUCCAAAGAAGAAAAAUACCUUCAGCAGAAGUUCAAGGAGAGAAUAGCAGACAUCAAAGCCCAUGCCCAGCCCAUCACAAAAGCUCCAGCUCCAGGAGAAACCAAGAUACCAGUCACUUUGUCCAGAAUUCAUAACAUCCAGCCUUUAUCAGAAACCUGAAACUUUAUCCUGCCUACUUUCUGUAACUUAGAAAUAUCAGUCAAGUGGGAGAAUAUCAUCUUUGGCAAUGGCAAGAAUAUGACUUGUCACACACCACUGAGCAGCAGCCAGCUCUGGGAGAAAGCUGAUCAGAACUCAGAGCCACUUAUUUCAGGCUUCAGACAAUGUGUACAUCCCACUCUUUAUGAUGUGUAUUUCCCUUUACUAAACCAGGAGACCCCACAGAAAUACUCGUUGACAUCCUGUGACUUCAUUGUCAUUUUCUGUGUUCUUUGAAAGUGCUAUACAAUUUUAGAACAGCCUUACUAGUGGUCAACACCCAACCUAAAGAUAAUGUGGUCUGGUUUCAGUUUUCAUUUUUUCCUAAUAUUUUUCUGCUUUCUACAGUUUCCAGCUCCAUCCCUACUGAGUAGUAUAGGAUAUUGUCAAGUAUAUUCAUAGAAAAACUGGUUUUCCUUAUUCUGAUCUACAGCUCUACCUUUUAACUGUAUUACUUAACAUGAGGCUCCUCAUAUUAGAUUCAAAUUUAUCACCCUCCCCUAAGGAUCAUAUAUACCCUAGGAUUUUUUAUAUAAAAAUACUAAACAUCACCCAGUUGAGGAUCACUAGACAAUAUGACCAAAAACUUAAGAAUAUGACCAUCUACACACAUUAUUGGGGAGGAAGCAUAAUUGAAAUGAAAAACAGACCAAAAAUAUAACAAAACGUUACACUGCAAGUCAGGAAGCUGGAAUUCUGUUCCCUACUUUUCCACUAAUUUAAUGGGUGACUUUGGGCACUUCUCCAGGCCUCAGUAUUAUUUAUCUAUAAAAUGACUGUACUAGAUGAUAAAAUGAGGACUACAUAGUUGUUGAGGGCCUUUCCAAAUUUAAAUUCUUUGAUUACUGUAUACCAUACAUGAUUUUAUCCUGCUUCUCUGGAGAUUGUUUCAGUGUUUGUUCCACAGACCCAUGUCAUUCUUUCAUGCUUUGACUCAUUGAAAGCCACAGAUUUGAGGUUCAUCUGUAACCUGUAUCCUGUUAUGUUCUAUUGACAAGGUAUCCCAAUACUUGACUUUACCGAGAUACUGGAAGAAGUUUAUAUAAUGCUGUCAUAUUUUUAUAAAGACUAAAGAAAGCCAUUCUCAAAUAAGAAAUCUCUGUGAAAAUACUAACCUGAAAAGGAUUUUCUUUCACAGGACAGACAACAAAUUUUCUUUCCCUUGCAAGGAAGUCAUCUCCUCCCUUUGCACUUUAAUUUAAUCUGUGGAUUUAAAUUAGGCUGUGAAAUGGAAGAUAUGACCAUGGUAUCCUCUCAAAAAUCCCUGCUAACUUAUAUUGCUAUUUUUGAAUGGAUAAAUAAAAUAUAUGAAUGAGCC